CGCACCACCAGCGGCCUGGGCGGGCUGGGAGGCUCAGGCCUAGAGCCCGCCCCGGCCUUGCGCACUAUGUAAGGCUGGUCGCUUCGGCGGGGCUGCAGCGGCGGCGGCAGGAGCUUGCGAGCCCGUUCAGUCGGCAGACCAUUCCCUGGUCCGACUCUCGCUCGGUCGCGCAGUGGGGACCCGCCGCGCACGCGCACGCCGCGCCCCGCCCCGCCCCCGCGCGCCGCCGCGUCCUCCGACCCCCGGCCGCGCGCCGCGCGGGCAACUGAGGGCGGCAUGCGGGACUACGACGAGGUGACCGCCUUCCUGGGCGAGUGGGGCCCUUUCCAGCGCCUCAUCUUCUUCCUGCUCAGCGCUAGCAUCAUCCCCAACGGCUUCAACGGCCUGUCGUCCGUGUUUCUGACGGCGACCCCGGAGCACCACUGUCGGGUGCCGGACACCGCGAACCUGAGCAGCGUGUGGCGCAACCACAGCCUCCCGCUGCAGCUGCAGGACGGCCGCGAGGUGCCUCACAGCUGCCGCCGCUACCGGCUCGCGACGAUCGUCAACUUCUCGGCGCUCGGGCUGGAGCCGGGGCGCGACGUGGACCUGGAGCAGCUGGAGCAAGAGGGCUGCCUGGAUGGCUGGGAGUUCAACCAGGACAUCUACCUGUCCACCAUCGUGACCGAGUGGAACCUGGUGUGUGAGGACGACUGGAAGGCCCCGCUCACGGUCUCCUUGUUUUUCGGGGGUGUGCUGGUGGGCUCCUUCAUUUCGGGGCAGCUCUCAGACAGGUUUGGUCGGAAGAAUGUGCUGUUUGUGACAAUGGGCAUGCAGACUGGCUUCAGCUUCCUGCAGAUCUUCUCGAAGAACUUUGAGAUGUUUGCCAUGCUGUUUUUCCUUGUAGGCAUGGGCCAGAUCUCCAACUACGUGGCAGCAUUUGUCCUGGGAACAGAAAUUCUUGGCAAGUCAGUUCGUAUUAUAUUCUCUACGUUAGGCGUGUGCAUAUUUUAUGCAUUUGGCUACAUGCUGCUGCCGCUGUUUGCUCACUUCAUCAGAGACUGGCGGAUGCUUCUGCUGGCGCUGACGGUGCCGGGGUUGCUGUGCUUCCCGCUGUGGUGGUUCAUCCCUGAGUCCCCCCGAUGGCUCAUCUCUCAAGGCCGAUUUAAAGAGGCAGAGGUGAUCAUCCGCAGGGCUGCCAAAAUCAAUGGGAUCGUUGCACCCUCAACCAUCUUUGACUCAAGUGAGCUACAAGACCUAAGCUCCAAGAAACAGCAGUCUCACAGCAUUCUGGAUCUGCUCCGAACCUGGAAUAUCCGGAUGGUCACCAUCAUGUCCAUAAUUCUGUGGAUGACCAUAUCAGUGGGCUAUUUUGGGCUUUCCCUUGACACUCCUAACUUGCAUGGGGAUGUCUAUUUGAACUGCUUCCUUUCGGCUGUGGUUGAAGUCCCAGCAUACGUGUUGGCCUGGCUGCUUCUGCAGCACCUGCCCCGACGCUAUUCCAUGGCCACCGCCCUCUUCCUGGGUGGCAGCGUGCUUCUCUUCGUGCAGCUGGUGCCCCCAGACUUUUAUUAUUUGGCUACCAUCCUGGUGAUGGUGGGUAAGUUUGGAGUCACUGCUGCCUUCUCCAUGGUCUACGUGUACACAGCCGAGCUGUACCCCACAGUGGUCAGGAACAUGGGCGUGGGAGUCAGCUCCACAGCGUCCCGCCUGGGCAGCAUCCUGUCUCCCUACUUCAUUUACCUUGGUGCCUACGACCGCUUCCUGCCCUACAUUCUCAUGGGGAGUCUGACCAUCCUGACAGCCAUCCUCACCUUGUUCCUCCCAGAGAGCUUCGGCACCCCACUCCCAGACACCAUUGACCAGAUGCUAAGGGUCAAAGGAAUAAAAUACAGGCAAACCCCAAGCCACACAAGGAUGUUAAAAGAUGGUGAAGAAAGCCCCACAGUCCUUAAAAACACAGGCUUCUAACACAGCCUCCAGUGAGAAAGUAAAGAGGAAUGACCGUCUUAUCAGGAGUGGCUUGUGCAGACACUGAGUCCUUCAGUGGCAAAGGUCUUUGCUGUGCAUUCUGUGGACGCUGUGUCUGCCUUGCUCAUGGAUGGAUACCCAGACUCAGCUGCAUAUGGUCCUAGAGCACCACCUUCCCUCCAGGGACACCAUGGCUACUGACGGACAACUUUGGGUAAAUCCUAACUAUUACAGUGAUGGACUUGGCACUUCCUAAGAAGUUAACUACUCACUAGAACCAGUAGGAUUUGGAAGAAUAUGAGAGGCAUUUGCUAAAUUUACAUUUUAAUUUCAGACUGCCUGAAGAGGCCCCUGAUAGAACUGGGGGUCUAAUUCUCCACCUCCUCACCCUGCCAAAAAAUCCUUUCCCUGUUUCCCACUAAUGGUGCACUUUAGAGGAAAAGAAAUAAUUACACAGGGAGUCUGAUUUCUCAUAGUUUCUCAGUUACAAAGGAUAUUAAAUGGGAUUGUUGCUUCCCCAGGGCAGGAGAGCACAAGUCUGGGGAAACCUAGAGGUAUUUCAUAUGGAGAGGACUCAGCAGAUACAGAACAGAGACAAGUGCAUUGACUUAUGAGCUCUUGGACCACUCAGAGUGACUACUGGGUAGACUUGUUUACAUCUGAUCAAAGCAUUGGGCUUGUGCAGGCCCAUAAGAGAUUCGUCACUGAAUCUACUAUUCUUGUUUUCCACUGCUAUGUGAAUCAAGUCUCCUAGCUACUAUGGUUUCUGAUGUAUGGUUUGAAGGAAGUAUAUCAAUGAGAAAGAGAGAUGAGCAAACUUGUCUCUUCUCCCAAAACUAUAAUAUGGAUUUUGAAUUUGUUUUGUUUGUUGUUUGUUAUUAUGUCUUUUUUUCUCCUUAAGUUAUUUGCACUUCAGAAUAGACUUAGGAAAGGCUGGUUCCUUAGCCUCCUGGUUUGUGUCUUUUAUUUGUUUGUUUCAACCUAGAAUCACUCUGGCAAUGGUCCACAGUUGCCACCUAUGCAAGGCCUCACCAGCCUUAGCUACUAGCACUUCUCUGGGUGCCAAAAAUGACAUCACUGUGUGUGUUCCUUUCAUGAUACUUAAUCAUGGAAAAAAAUUACAAAGAAGAAAAUUAAGUCGUGUUCACAGUCUUUCAGAGUUGCUCACUUCAGUGGUGUAACACUGGGAGGUAUUUUGCGUUCAGUGUAAAAUUGGCUUCUCUCUUCUGAUUAUGCUACCAUGGUACUCCUAAAGCAUAUGCUUCACCUGGUUAAAAAAAAAAGUAUUUUUGUGAAAGCUACUGAAGUGCCUUGGGAAAUGAAGAUGUUUUAAUAAAUAAAAUGAUUUUUAA